CGUGGAAAACAGAAAUAUUGGAAAAUACGAUAAGCUGGGAUUAUUUAAGUUAGAAGGAUAUUCGAGACAAGCUGAGUAAUUUGCCUUGUAGUUCGUGAAAUUCGGUUUGCCAAUAAUUCUUGAGCCAGUUACGUUUGAAAAUCGACUAUUUAACUCGCCAUUUAAUUGUGUGACAGUGAAAUGUGCUUAAUGUACCAACGAUACAUAAUCUUCGUUGUAAAAGUCCAUCAUAAGGAAGAAAGCUUGUUCGAUAUUAAUAUUCUCAUCGGUUAUGAUCAUCAUAAUUCAACAGCGCGUAAAUUUUAUUAGUUUUAUUAUCCCGUGCAAAGUUCUAGAUUGAAUUGUGAAUAUCAAACUAACUCGAAUGAGCUUCUCGCAAUCUAAAUUUAACAAUUCCACUCAAUAUAAACUUAUCCAUUUCAUGUAAAUCCAAAUAUCCAACAUCUCGAAAAAGAAAUCUUAUUUUCAUAAGUUUGUUUAUUAUAAGUAGACACUAUAAAUGAUUAUGGAUUCCAAUAUUACUUGUAAUUUUCAUCCUCGUAUGAAUUAUACCUUACGAAGUUACGAAGACUCAAACAACCUCAGCUCGCUAUAGGACCAAGGGAAAGUGAAGAAACAACGUCGACCAUUUGCGUUACUAAAUUCGGUCGCGAUCUUCAUUUCUCGAAUAAGAGAUCGUUCGCAGCCUACGGUGCUUGGCUGCUUGUUCGACUUCUCGGUAAGCAGAAACGCAAGAAAAAUACAGAAACGAGCAGCAACCAUUUCUCCGCUAAAUGAGAUUUUGAUACAGCGAUCGGAUCGCUGCGGCUUGGCACUGUGGCGGUUCGAUAAGAGAGGUGGGAUUGGCUGCGAUGGUGUGAGGGUGGUAGGGGUUUGAUUUAUCGGAAAUUAAUAUGCUACGCUGUCGAGGCUGGUCGAAAACACCUUGCCACGUUCGUCGUUGGGAUGCAACGCGGCUGGGAAAGGGAAGAGCGCGGCACGAGAAUUUAAAAUAGAUUUGCUCGUGCCAGGAGCAUCCUCGUUGCUCUUUCCUUGGCUUAUCAGGCCUAAGAAGCUAUCUAACGAAGCAUAGAUCGGUUUGGCUGAAGCAUAUUAAUGUUACUGCAGCGUCGAGUCACUUGGAGAAGAACUAACACCGGACUCGAGGGACGGAAGGACUUCUGAACAGUGGAGAUAGAGUUUCGUGAGCUCUAAGAACCGUCGUGUCCCCGAACGAAUUCGGGAAAUGAAGCACAGCUCGCCCGAGGAGUGAUCUUGACUUAUGGUUUCGGACCAACCCUACGGGGAUGCUGAGUCACGACGAACAUUGUCUCUCGGUUGUCUCACGAUUCUGUCGCUUCGACUGUAGACAUAGAAUUGUCGUGGGGAAUUAGGGAAAUUGUUUUAUAGUAUAGAAUAAGAUUUUUCUAACGUAAGAAGUUGUCGUGGUUUAGUAACGACGAAGGUAAAUACUAUCGACGAGUUCUUUGAAAAAAGAAGUAUAAAUCUAUGUAAAUACAUAUACUUUUGUACUUUUGUGGUUGACAUAUAUUUUUGCUAAAUGUAUUAUAAGAUCUUAUAUUGAUAAAGCUUGUAAAACAAGUUCAAAAUUGCACGUACAAAUAAGAAAAGUAUCUAAACGAUUAAUAACGAGCCUAAAUAUUUUGUGAGACCAUCUUACUUACUAUAUGCUCGAGAAAACCGCUCAAACUGUGUAUUAAAUGUAUAUCUGGAAUAAAUGUCCCGUAACUUUUGUAUACAUCUCGAAAUUAGUUAAAAAUUUCACCGUUACUGUCUCGAUAGCUGUGUCACAUCGCAAUAUCAAUGAAAUUACAAAACAGUUUAUACGACAAACGCAAAAUAAUAUAUUCGUAGAAAUUUUCUGUGGUUAGGCAUAUCAUCUAUUUCAUAGUCGAAUAGUUAUGAAACGUUCGUUCGUUUUGUAAGGACGAAAAGAACAAGAUUCCUUGAAAACCAAAGACUUGAACUAGAACUUGCGAUGCGAUUAAUUCCAUUCUCCAUUUUGUCCUAUGAGCCCUUCACUCACGUUGGAUAAAGUUUAAUUGAAGGAUAGAAGAAGUAGUCUAAUGCAUAUACAGUGUUCGCAUUUAUCGUCUUGAGACUCAUUCGCGGUUGCAAAGCACGCUAAUGUAACGCGUGUUGCAAAGUUUUCAGAUUAACAUCACGUGUAUGACGUUUAUGGCGUCAAGUUGCAAAACAUGGUUUGCACUAUUAAUAUAAAUGUUUCUCACGAUGUAGAACAUAGUUAAACUUUGUUCAAACGAAUGAAGCAUGUAACAUGUAUCGAUUAAUCGGCAAUUUCAUUGUUGGUUUCAGGAGUUUCAUGGAAUAACCACGCAACGAUGAUCAAUAUGAAGUUUUUUCGCGUGUUUUUGGCACUCCUAGGAGGCACGCACGUCCUCUGCGCACAACCAUCCGCAUCUCCAACUGUGAAAAGCACCGGUGGAUCAAGCUUGGCGAGCGUGGUCGCCGGAAGUAAACCUUUGAACAAGCCAGAUUUCGACGACAUCGCCCCACGAAAUGUUACUGCCAUCGUUGGUCAAACAGCGGAAUUGAAUUGCUUCGUGAAGCAUCCUGGAGACAGAGUAGUGUCUUGGAUACGUAAAAGAGAUUUACACAUACUCACGUCGUCCAUCUAUGCGUACACGGGGGACGAAAGAUUCUCCGUGAAGCAUCCCGAAGCAUCUGACGAAUGGACGUUGAAGAUCGAUUACGUUCAGCAACGUGACGCUGGGGUUUACGAAUGCCAGGUUAACACCGAGCCCAAAUUGAAUUUAGCCUUCGUGUUGAGAGUCGAAGAAAGUGCCCCUGUCCCCGCCACCACCACACCGAACGCCAUUCAUCGGACGUUCAACUCAGCCGCUCAGGCGAAAAUCCUGGGUCCGGAAGAAGUCUACGUGAAGAAGGGUAGCACGAUAAGCCUCACGUGCACCGUUAAUGUGCAAAGUACACCGCCCAGCAGCGUUUCGUGGCAUCACGGAGGAGCUGUGGUGGAUUUCGACAGUCCCAGCGUUCACCGCAGGGGCGGGGUUUCCUUGGAGACCGAGAAGACGGAAAGCGGCACGACGAGCAGACUUCUGGUGACACAAGCCAGAUUGACCGACAGCGGAAAUUACACCUGCAUUCCCAGCAACGCGAAUCCAGCCAGCGUAAUGGUCCACGUGCUGAAUGGCGAACAUCCUGCGGCGAUGCAACACGGCGGAAGUUGCGGCGUCACGCCGACCAUUUUAUUAGCGACCUUUACCCUGGUGAUAUCGAAUCUGCUAAGGUGAGCAGUAUCGUUGUGAAUCGUGCGACUUCCAAGCCACACGGUCUGAUCGAGCUCGUUUCGUGUACCGAGACAAACAUGUAUCACCGAGACCAGGAAUCGUUGAAAAGGUAAAACGUGAACGAAGAAAACCGCGUUCUCCUUUAGGAAGCAUACGGAGGUCAUUGUGUACGAAAGAAAGAACGCGAGAUUUCGUUUUAAAUAGCAACGUGACUGGCGUUGUUAACGCGUGAGAUCAUCGGAGAUUUUCCAACGAAAAAAACAAAAGAAAGGACCUAGGCGUGGACAAAGUGCAGUGGAUCUGGCCAUGUGUGAUAAACACAGUGACACGGAAGUGGAGCUCGACUUUGCACACGUACGUUUUUACCGUAAAUUUAUUCCACAUAAACUAUUCCUAUGUCUAUUUCUCUAGCAAUUUUCCGUCGACGUUGACCCAUUCACGCGUGGUCCACGUCGCCGCGUGAUUCCUUCGCAAGUAUCGUGUGUGAGAAAAGAAAAAAGAAGACAAUCGUUCGCUUUGUGGUCUCUGUGAAUCUGAACCGACACAACGACGGUACUCAAAGAAUCUCGUGAGAAUUGCGAGGCUGCAAAACCGAUGCGAUCGAUGAACGAGUGUGUCCAGCGUACUUACUUAGCCAUCUCGUUGACUCUAAACGAUUGAUACAGAUUCGUCAUAUAGACUGUUCGAACAGUCGAAAACAAGCGAAAUCAAUGAUUUACAAUCCAACGUUGGAUGGUCGAUUAAUUACCAUUAAAUCGUGUAGGUGGCGUGAGUCUCUCUGUAUAUAAAAGAAGGUCGUUCAAUAAAUAGGAUUCGUCGCGACUUCGUUUGUACAGUACAACGUGAUGAUCGAGAAUUUCGAAGAAACAUCGUCGGACCUGGGCAACGUUUGUACAUAAAGCAACCACAUAUUUCGAUUUUCUCUGGAACGUUUAACGUAUAUGGAACUUCUAUCGUCGAUCGUGGGAUUAGAUCGUUCAGAGUUUGCCCAGGUCUGAUUCGUCCAUCCAAUGGACCCAUCGAAAUCACUGUAAUUUAAUCAAAACCGACGUUCGAUUCUUGAUCGACGAAGUGUGUUUUCCAUCGACGCGUAAAACGUCAUCGCUCUUUUUAGCAAUGAAUAAAUACAUUAAUCACGCUCGAUAUGUUUCUGUUUGUUCGUGAAACUUCGGUAAACGAGGAGUAAGCGCGUUGAUUCGUUGUUGCUCACGAUAUCUGCUCGCUUUCUGUUUCUUAGGGAACGCGAUUAUUUCGUUGGCACCUUUUUUUUCUCGAAGAAACGUUUCUUUUUCUUCAUCGUUUUUCACUUGCAAUUCGUCGCGGUCGAUCGGUCGCUGGUUUAUCGCUUAACGUCUAAUCAAAAAGAAGAUGCAAUCACAACUCUCCCUGAGAAUUACAUUGUAAGAAUUACGAAUUCUACGAACGUGACUUAAAUAUAGGACUCGUGUAUAGAUAGACAUACGAAGGAUAACGUAUGUGUACGAUUUAAGAGUAUCGCUAAUAGAUAUUCGUUACGCGAAAGAGAAGCAUUCUGUUAAGACUUCGAAAAGAAAAGAAGCACACCCGUGUAAAAAUUUGCUAUCAAAUAAGCAUCGAAUUCGAAGAUGAAACAAAUACGAACUUCAUCGAGACGAUGGUAAGAGAUAAAUUUUCAUUCUUUCGUAAUAGUCUGACGAUUCAAGUUUUUCUACUCCUUUUUGUUCGUUCAUCGUGUGUCGAUUCGUCAGCCUCUCUUUAGAAUAUUCGUGGCGAUGAUAACACGAGGUCUAAAGACACGACGAUAGUAACUUUAAUUAGUAGAUUUACUACGGAUAAAGUAAUGUAACGAGUAAAGGAAAAACGAUAUCAUAAACGGCAUAGCGAAUUAAGAUGCGACUUAACCAUAGGUCUAAAAUAGAUUUUUUAUAAUGUUGGAGCACGUGGACGAGAAACUGGGACGUACGGUGUAGAACAGACUGCUAGAACGCAUUCACGGUGUUACGUUGCACGGAUUUUACAAUAUGAAACAGAAGGUUCGCGAUAUAAUAUAUUAUUCCUUCUUGUAUAGUUUAUACGGUAAUUUAUGUCGUUGUGAGAGGACAAUAUUUUGCAGUUGACGCGUGAGGAUAGCGUUAAAGUAAACAGUUAAAUGCGGUUACUUAAAAAGAAAGAUAAAAAGAAGAAAAAAGGAACAAUUUAACGAGACGCGAGAAAUAGAACGAUCGGUCAGACGCCAGGUUUUUGAAUGUUGUUCCGCGUGUGAUAUUAUUAUUCAGAGGGAAAUAGUGUUAUCGGGAUGGACGUUAAUCGAUUUAAAUAAUGUUGGAUCAGGAAAGAGUCGUUAUCGAUAAAAAAAAAAGUGAAUUUCCUUCGAUUUUUCAAUACUUUGUUCCGGACCAUCUUCGAGUCUCGUUCCUUUGGAAUGGUGUUCGGUUGUAAUGAUCUAGGUUCGAUGUUACAUAGAGAUUGUCAACACUCCACGUGGCAUCGAUAACGGUCUCACGCGUGAGAUAAAGCGAAGAAAAUAAAGAUGAAACGAUAAGUGUAGCUCGCUCGAAGCGCGCGUUAAUCGCUGAUAAUCAAAGAAAGAAACAGAAAAAUAUCGAGAAGAACGUUACACGUUAAUUGUGUCACUAGAUAAUCGAUAUCCGCGACUCGCAUAAUUACGAAAUGUUGCACAAUUUAUAGUUAAGCCUAGAUCGCAUUGUACAUACUAACAAGAAAAAAAAAAAAGAAAGAAAACAGAAAAAAAAUUCAUAAUCGAUAAUGUACCAUGUUAUAGAGGAACGUCAGCAUAAAUCAAAGUGGCAGAGGUAAAGUGCGGCAAACGAGUACAGACUAUUAUACUGUAAAGAUAUUCAUCGACGUGAAUACUGUUUCAAUAAAUGUAAUGAUGAUAUAAAA